AUGGUCAAAAUACAACCAAAAGCCUAUGUUUUGUUAGACGGCAACUAUUUAAGAACAAUCAUGGAUUUCACCUCAAAAUUUACCGCCCUAUCAGGGCUGACAUCUGUUGACCCAGAAUUUGUUCAAUUUCUUAUGUUUGAUGAUGAAGAUAUCAAAAAAUUAAGUGUGGCUAAGAUUACUAAUACAACAUCCUUCGAUGCAAUGGGUAACCCGAUAAAAGGAGGUCUAUAUGACCCUGCUUUAGGACCUAUAAGGGAAAGAAAUGACUUUUGUGUUACAUGUUCCAAUUCUCUUCUUAAUUGUCCAGGUCAUUUUGGCCACAUAGAGCUGCCUCUUGUUGUAGUGAAUCCAUUGUUUAUAAAGACUAUUUAUACAUUGUUUCGUAUCACAUGCCUAAAUUGUUUCAAAAUCCAAAUGGAUGAUCGCUUAAAGUUCAUAAUGAAGUUGCAAUUGGAACUCUUAGAUGCCGGUCAUAUCACUGCUGCUUUAGAUUUAGAAAAUUUUAUUGGGGAUGUCAAAGAUUAUAAAAGUGAAACAUCACCAGAAAAGCCAAAUAAAGUUAUUAGAAAGUGCCAAAAACUUCUUAAGAAAAAAGACCCAAUUUGUGAAGUAUUUCAAAACAAAAAUACAGAUAAAUUGAGAACAAAAAUUAUUAAUAACUUUUUUAAAGCAAUAAGCAUCUCUAAAACUUGCCUUUAUUGUACAGCUAAAUUGAUAAAAGUUACAACAUCAGAUAACAAAAUUAUGUACAAUUUAAGCUCUGAAGGUGGAGGCAAAGGUAUUAAAAUAUUAAUGCCUGAUGAUUUAAAGCGCUAUUGUAAAGCUAUAGAACAAAACAAUGAAGAACUUCUCAUUCAAUGUAUACCAGUUUUAAAACAUGCUAAUGUAAAGCCUGUUACUGACAUAUUUUUUAUGCAAGUUGUCCCAGUGUUGCCACCUAAUGUCAGACCAUGUAAUAUUUUACAUGGAGAACUAAUUGAGCACCCUCAAACAAAUGUUUAUAAGGGAAUAAUGCAAACUGCCUACAAUUCAAGAGCUGUCUUACAAGUUCUAAUGGCCUCAGACCAUCAAAAAGCAAUUGAUGGUCUUGAUCAACAGCCACGACAAGCUUAUGAAAGUGUUAUGGGCAAGACUGCACCAGAAAAACUGCACACAGUGUGGCAAGAUUUACAAAAGCAAGUCAACAAUUUGCUCAGUUGUGAAGGUCAAGGGGUUGCAAGUCAAGGAUUGAAACAGAUACUUGAAAAGAAAACUGGUGUAAUAAGAAUGCAUAUGAUGGGUAAAAGAGUUAACUUUGCCGCUCGGUCUGUUAUUACACCUGAUCCCAAUGUAGAUAUUGAUGAGAUUGGUAUACCUGAUGCAUUCGCUACUAAACUUACAUAUCCUGUGCCUGUUACUGAGUGGAAUGUCGAUGAAUUAAGAAAAAUGGUAAUAAAUGGACCAAACAAGCAUCCUGGAGCUGAAAAAUUGGAAGUGAAAAAUGGUAGAGUUAUAAGAAUACCUCCUGAUUCCUUACAAAAGCGAAAGAGUUUGGCAAAAAAGUUGUUAACACCCGAUGAAUAUAAGACUUCUGGAUUAAAAAUAGUUCAUCGACAUUUAGUUAAUGGCGAUGUACUUAUACUUAACCGUCAACCGUCACUCCAUAAACCUAGUAUGAUGGCGCACAGAGCAAGAAUUCUUAAAGGUGAAAAAACUCUAAGAUUACACUAUGCCAAUUGUAAAUCCUACAAUGCUGAUUUUGAUGGUGACGAAAUGAAUGCACAUUUUCCUCAAAACGAAAUUGCGAGAAGUGAAGCAUAUAACAUAAUGUCUGUUACAAGACAAUACCUAGUGCCAAAAGACGGAACGCCAUUGAGUGGUCUGAUUCAAGAUCAUGUUAUAUCUGGGGUGAGAAUGUCGUUAAGAGGCACAUUUUUUACCAAAUCUGAUUAUCAGCAACUAGUUUUGCAAGCAUUAUCAAAUUUUAAAGGUGAAAUAAAGUUAUUGCCUCCGACAAUUUUAAAACCCGUUACCUUGUGGUCUGGUAAACAAGUUCUGUCUACUAUAAUAAUUAAUAUAAUUCCCAAAGGAAAGCCUCGUAUUACUUUGACUGGGACAGCCAAAAUUGGUGCGAAAGCGUGGCAAAAGGAAUCGUCAAGACCCUGGAAUGCUGGAGGCACUCCUUUUACAAAUCCUAAUGAAAUGUCUGAAGCAGAAGUAAUAAUUAGAAAAGGAGAGCUUUUGAGUGGAGUAUUAGAUAAAACGCAUUAUGGUGCAACACCCUAUGGCUUAGUUCAUUGUAUGUACGAGUUAUAUGGCGGGGAUAGCUCUAGCGCACUUUUGAGUUCUUUUUCAAAGAUAUUCACUUUCUACCUACAAUGGAUUGGAUUUACUCUUGGCGUGAAGGAUAUUCUAGUCGUUGAAGAGGCUGAUGAAAAAAGAGAGCAUAUUGUUCAUCUCGUUAGACAGGCUGGUAGAUUUGCUGCUGUAAAAGCUACCGAACUACCCGCAGAUGUUGAAGAAAGCAAACUUAAAGAUACAAUUGGUGAAAUGAUGAUUAAAGAUCCAAAAUUCCGUGCUAAUUUGGACAGACAAUACAAAAAUAUGCUUGAUUCUUAUACUAAUAAUAUCAAUACUGUUUGUUUAUCUGAAGGAUUAUUAGAGAAAUUCCCAUCGAACAAUUUGCAACUUAUGGUACAAUCAGGUGCGAAAGGGUCAACUGUGAAUACUAUGCAAAUUUCAUGUUUAUUGGGUCAAAUUGAGUUGGAAGGUAAGAGACCGCCACUAAUGAUAUCAGGACGAUCGUUACCCAGUUUCCCUCCUUAUGAUAUAUCACCCAGAGCUGGAGGCUUCAUUGAUGGUCGCUUUAUGACAGGUAUUCAACCUCAAGAAUUCUUUUUCCAUUGUAUGGCUGGAAGAGAAGGUCUUAUUGAUACAGCUGUCAAGACAAGUCGUUCUGGUUACUUGCAAAGAUGUUUGAUAAAACAUUUAGAAGGAUUAAGUGUCGCCUAUGAUAAUACAGUCAGAGAUGCUGAUAGUAGUGUGAUACAAUUUGCCUAUGGAGAAGAUGGACUUGACGUUUUAAAGUGUCAAUUUUUAAAACAAGAUCAACUUACGUUUCUUGAUGUCAACUCUAACGCUGUUGUGAGUAAAUCGGUCAUAAAGAAACUUAAAGAAGAAACUGAUACGAAAGCUAUUGCAAAAUCUAAAAAGUCCCUUAAAAAAUGGAAAAAGAAAAAUGGCAGUCCAUUCGAAAAAGUGCGAACCAGUGCAUUUGCUCAGUUUUCAGCAGUCGCUAGAAAAGAUGUCGUUCUUGAUGAGAAACCUACAGACCAAACUCGAGAUCCUUAUUACUGGGAAUUGGAAAAAAUGUGGCGUGAAUUAGACGAUGAAGAAAAACAGCAGUAUAAAAGAAAGCCAUGUCCAGACCCUAUUCCUAGCAAAAUGUCGCCUGAAUUUAAAUUUGGUACUAUCAAUGAACAGCUGGAUGGGAUUAUUCAAAACUACUUGAAAAAUCGCAACGAAACUAAUUACAAAGAAAUCACAGAUAAAGAUAAAUUCAUUGAAGUAAUGAAUGCUAAAUAUUUAGCUUCAAUGGCAGCACCGGGUGAGCCCGUCGGAUUAUUAGCAGCUCAAUCUAUAGGUGAACCCUCUACUCAGAUGACACUGAACACAUUUCACUUCGCUGGAAGAGGAGACAUGAACGUUACUCUCGGUAUACCACGUUUGCGAGAAAUAUUAAUGACGGCUUCUGCAAAAUUAAAAACACCUAGCAUGGACAUACCCUUCCUACCAAACAUUCCAGACUUAAAUAAAAAAGCUGAGAAGCUGAGACAAAAAAUGAACAGAGUAACGGUAGCUGACGUGCUUGAAAAGAUUGACGUGCAGUGUGAAAUAGUAACUAGUCCUGAAAGACAAUUGAAGACUACCAUGCGUUUUGCAUUUUUACCAUACUCUCAAUACAAGACUCAGUACGUCGUAAAACCACCUCAGAUUAUAAAACACAUGCAGAAUAAAUUCUUUAAUGAAAUGUUUGCAAUGAUUCGGAAGCAAGCUAAGACAACUAGUGGCGUGAUGUGGGCAGCGGAGGAGAAGAAACGUCGUAAAGCUGCUAACGACGAUGAUGACGAAGAUUUCGUUAGUGCUGAAGCGCGAGAAACAACUACUGUCGACCCGGAUGCUGACAGCUCAGACGAAGAAGGACCGAAUGAUGAUGAUGAUAAUACUGAUGUAAGAAUACGCAAAAAACGUUCUGAGGAACAAGAGUAUGAAGAUCCAGAAUCAGAAGAAGAAGAAAAAUCAGAAGACGAAGCGGAAUCUGAGGAACAGUUAAAAGAUGACGAUCUAGAAAUCACUCCAGAAAUAUCACCAGAAGAUAGUAAAGCGAUGGCCAAUGUUGUAGAUAAUUUGAAUAACGCUACCGACUAUAGUUUUGACACAAAAACACACAAAUGGUGCGAAUUGACAGUCCUAUUCCCGAUCACGUUUUUACGUGUCGACUUAUCACAAGCUCUUAGGGAUGCUGCAACGAGAUCUGUUGUUUACGAAAUCAAGAACAUUAAACGCGCAAUUACAAACAAAGAGAAGAAUGUUCUAUAUCUAAAAACGGAAGGCAUUAAUAUUGUUCAAAUGUCUAAAUAUGAUAAUUUACUGGACCUAAACAAGUUAUAUAGUAACGAUAUUCAUGCGAUUGCAAACACAUAUGGUAUAGAAGCGGCAAACAAAGUGAUUAUUAAGGAAAUUCAAAAUGUAUUCAAUGUUUACGGUAUCACAGUGGAUCCUAGACAUUUAACGUUGAUCGCAGAUUACAUGACCUAUAAUGGUGUAUUUGAACCGAUGAGUAGAAAAGGUAUGGAGGCAUCGACUUCUCCACUACAGCAAAUGUCUUUUGAGUCUUCUCUGAUAUUCUUGAAGGAAGCAGUUCUAAAUUCUAAGAAGGACUUUAUAAGGUCAGCCUCAAGUUGCCUGAUGCUUGGGCAGCCAUGUCGUAGCGGAACGGGCGCUUUCAGUUUGCAACAUUACAGUAAAGUUGUGAGU